CCCUCCUUCCUCCAGCGCCCCCUCCUGGCCUCUCCCCCCCCCCCACGCUCAUUCAUCACCUGUUUCUUCAUCCUGCACAUUGGGUCCGUUUUUCCAAUGCUGCUCAUCCCACCUUCCAAACCCUCAUUGCUUUGUGCUUUUCUUCCCUUGCACGUUUGUGCCUUAACCCUGCAGAGGGUCUCCCCUCCCGCUGCCCAUUCUGCGGUCCCUUUCCCACCUGCUGAUGUUCUGUAGACUAGCCUUGCCUUCUCGUUCUUUUUUCCUUCUCCUCUUUUUCCUCCACCUGCAACCUGCUUGCUCCCAUCCCUUCAACACUUGCCCCUCACUGUGGCUCCUUGCCUGCCCUGCUGAUGAUACCUGUCACCAUGUCUCCAUCGAUGCAGGUUUCCUGGUUGUGAGCCGCCUCCCUGUCUCCGGUUAUCCGUAGGACCCAGCUGGCCGCACCAUGUCUGAGCUAAAGGACUGUCCCCUUCAGUUCCACGAUUUCAAGUCAGUGGACCACCUGAAGGUGUGCCCUCGCUACACAGCUGUGCUGGCCCGUUCGGAAGAUGAUGGCAUCGGCAUUGAAGAACUCGACACCCUGCAGCUGGAGCUCGAAACGCUGCUGUCUUCUGCCAGCCGCCGGCUUCGGGUGCUGGAGACUGAGACCCAGAUCCUGACAGAUUGGCAAGACAAGAAAGGAGACAGGAGGUUUCUGAAGCUGGAAAAAAAAGAGCAUGAGUUGGGCACUCCUGUCAAACAUGGCAAACCCAAGAAACAGAAGCUGGAAGGGAAAGGAGGUCACAGCACAGGACAGGGUCCUGGUCGGCCCAAAUCCAAGAACUUGCAGCCCAAAAUCCAGGAGUACGAAUUCCCAGAUGACCCAAUUGAUGUGCCCCGUAUCCCCAAAAAUGAUGCACCUAAUAGGUUCUGGGCCUCGGUGGAGCCGUACUGUGCUGACCUCACCAGUGAGGAGGUGCGUACCUUAGAAGAGCUCCUCAAGCCGCCUGAAGACGAAGCAGAACACUACAAGAUCCCACCUCUGGGGAAGCAUUACUCCCAGCGCUGGGCCCAAGAAGACAUGCUGGAGGAGCAGAAGGACGGGGCUCGAGCCGCCGUUACUGCUGACAAGAAGAAAGGCAUUUUGGGGCCCCUGACCGAGCUGGACACUAAAGAUGUUGACGCUUUGCUGAAGAAGUCGGAGUCCCAGCAUGAACAGCCUGAGGACGGCUGCCCCUUUGGACCUCUGACCCAGCGGCUUCUGCAGGCAUUAGUAGAAGAGAACAUAAUCUCCCCCAUCGAAGACUCGCCUAUUCCUGAGAUAGCAGGCAAGGACUCUGCAGCUGAUGGGGCCAGCACUUCCCCCCGCAGCCAAAACAAGCCCUUCAGCGUGCCCCACACCAAGUCUCUGGAAGGCCGCAUCAAAGAAGAGCUGAUUGCUCAAGGCCUGCUGGAGUCGGAGGACCGGCCUGCUGAGGACUCGGAGGACGAGGUGCUGGCCGAGCUGCGGAAGAGGCAGGCUGAACUCAAAGCCCUGAGCGCGCACAACCGAGCCAAGAAAGUUGAGCUGCUCAGGCUGGCCAAGGAGGAGCUGCACAGACAGGAGCUGCGCCACCGGGUGCGCAUGGCUGACAACGAGGUGAUGGACGCCUUCCGCAAGAUCAUGGCUGCCCGCCAGAAGAAGCGCACCCCGACGAAGAAGGAGAAAGACCAGGCCUGGAAGAGCCUCAAGGAGCGCGAGAGCAUCUUGAAACUGCUUGAUGGCUAAGCCCUCGCAUCCCGGGGUCGUGUUAACUGGGAACCCCUUAGCCCAAGCGCCUCCAGUUUGAACCGUGGUGUAGGCCCCAGCUUUAAGGGAGGCGACAGCUGCAAAUAUGGACUGCAGCAGCUCCCUCCAUUCAGCUUACCAGCAUCCUGUUGCAGCCAGGGACCUGGGCAGGCUGGAUUUGGCCUGCUUGCCACCCCUCCUUCCUGUGUGUGGCUAGGAGCACUCGUUGCAUGGUGAGCUGGGGCAGGGGGAGCCUUGAUUGCUGCUAAAGUUGGCAGUUCCUCCUCGGACAUCGGCAGGGCCGGCUUGCGGCAUUGGAGAUGGGGAACGGGACAGA